ACAAAUAUAAAGAGGAGGGAGUAGAAAUGGGGAGCACGACUGGAGGUUUGAAACUGAAGUUGCUUUCUCAUCUCCAUUAGAGCACGCGUCACCCUCUCAAGAUCUUUUAUAAAUUCAUCACUGGUGACUCAGGAACGACAGCCUUGACGCUGUAUCAAAGAAGAACACAACUGAUAUACUAAAGAAGAGAAGAAGCAGAAGAAGGAGACGACGACGACACAGGAAAAAGGAGUAGAAAUGUCGGUACAAGAGUAUCUGGACAGCCACAUGCUCUCUCGCAAAAUCGAAGAUGCUGUCAAUGCCGCCGUUAGGGCUAAAACUCCUGAUCCUGUCCUCUUCAUUUCUAAUCAUAUGAAGAAAGCGGUUCAAUCGGUGAUCACGAAGAUUAAAGCGAGGCAGAUUCUCGAUAGUAGAGGAAUACCAACUGUUGAGGUAGAUUUGUACACGAACAAAGGCAUGUUUCGUGCUUCUGCUCCUAGCGGCGAUUCUACUGGAAUGUAUGAGGCUGUUGAAUUACGUGAUGGGGACAAGGGGAUAUAUCUUGGAAAUAGUGUUAUUAGAGCUGUUAAGAACAUCAAUGAGAAGAUAUCUGAAGCAUUAAUUGGCAUGGAUCCAACACUCCAGUCCCAGAUUGAUCAAGCCAUGAUAGAUUUGGACAAAACAGAAAAGAAGGGUGAACUUGGAGCAAAUGCUAUAUUAGCCGUCUCAAUUGCUGCAUGCAAGGCUGGGGCUGCUGAAAAGGAGGUUCCACUCUACAAACAUAUCUCUGAUCUUUCUGGUAGAACAAGCCCAACUCUUCCUGUCCCAGCGUUCACUGUUAUAAGUGGUGGGAAGCAUGCUGGAAAUAAUCUGGCCAUGCAGGAAAUCAUGAUUGACAUGAUCGAAAUGUACAAAGAACUUUGUGCUGAUUAUCCAAUUGUGUCAAUUGAAGAUCCCUUUGAUAAGGAGGAUUGGGAGCAUGUCAGGAAUUUUUCCAGUCUUGUGAUUUGUCAGGUAGUGGGGGAUGAUUUGUUGAUGUCAAAUCCAAAACGUAUUGAGAGAGCGAUACGUGAGUCAACUUGCAAUGCUCUUCUUCUCAAGAUAAAUCAAAUUGGGACUGUGACAGAAGCCAUUGAAGUGGUGAAACUGGCCAAGGAUGCUCACUGGGGAAUAGUGACAUCUCAUAGAUGUGGGGAAACUGAAGAUUCUUUCAUAGCUGAUUUAUCUGUUGGUCUUAACACUGGUCAGAUCAAAGCAGGUGCUCCUUGUAGAGGAGAGCGGCUUGUGAAGUACAACCAGUUACUUCGGAUUGAGGAAGAGUUGGGAGAUCAAGCAGUAUAUGCUGGUGAAGAUUGGAGGCAGUCCUCCUGAUGACUUUUUUCUGAGAUUAUACAAACAUUUCUUCCCUUUCCCCCUUGAAAAGCUUUUUUAUCAGUAUAUCGUACUGUUGUUUGCUUUUAUUUUGUUUUCCUAGUAUCUUUUUUCUUUUUCUUUUUUUUUUUUUUAUAAAAAAAAUCCCUUUCCUCAUUUCCUUCGUUUUCCUUUUCCCCGAAAGAGUUGGAGGGAAAACCCGAGGAAGGUUGAAGAAUGUUGUAAAUUAGGUGAAGAAAAAAUCUUGAAAUAGCCAGAUAAAAUUGUUGAAUGCAAGAAUACUUGACAAUUUCACAGA